AUGGAAAAGAAAUACUAUGCUCAAAGUCUUCCUUCCGAAAAACUUGAAUUUCAAGUGUUUUUCAAUGAUCAUAUUUCCAAUGAUUUCAAUACCCUCUUCGCCUCCUCCCUGUUGAUAGACUAUAUUUUGGCGUUGGAGUUCCCAGGGUCUUUCUAUGACUGGUUAUUUCUCUCGUCGUCUCUCCAUAUUUUGGCGUUGGGAAUUAUCGGUGAACCUCAAGUCGACAUGUUCAACUUGCCUAUUUAUUCUGCUUCCGCCAAAGAGAUGACUAGGCUAAUAGAAAGUAAUGGGAGUUUUAGCAUUGAGAAAAUGGGGUUGACAGACCCUAGGUUGAAGGUUACCCCAAUCAAUGCCCAGGUUGUGAUAAUGCACGUAAGAGCUGCCAUGGAAGGAGUUAUUGCGAAACACUUUGGACGUGACAUUGUCGAUGAACUAUUUGAAUGCAUAUCUCAGAAAUGCAUGGAGGAUUUCCACCUAAUGGAGUCAAGCAACAUGAAAGGGACACAACUAUUUAUUGUUUUGUAG